AUGCGUUCCGCGGUUCGCGAGGAUGCUGACGCGCUCGCGGAGUUCUGCGCCCAGGUCUUCAUGGACGAACCUUUGGCCGAAUCUUCGGGCACGGGAACUGAAGCAUAUUGGAUCGCGAACUGGAUACGUGACCUCCUCGGUAAGCCGCAUCCGACGUUGAAGCCCGAUGACAUCAUCAUUGUUGAGGAUGUCGAAAAGGGAUGUAUCGCUUCGACCACGACGUAUCUGACGCAGACGUGGAGCUACGACGGUGUGGAGUUUGAGAUUGGUCGACUUGAGAUUGUCGUCUUGGGCAUUGCGAGUUACUACCGACUAUUUGGUUACGAGUACGCCUUGCCCGCGGAAGGCGGGCGCUACACGCCGGUUGCUUCGCUGCCUCGUUGGGGAAAGGACGAGGAGCGUAGGUUCCAGUUGCGGGAACCCGUGGAGGACGACGUCCCGUUCAUCACGCAAAUAUUGGAGGCUUCGACGCAGCGGUCGAUGGUAUCGGCGGUGUUUCGUGAGGAGGAGGUGAAGUAUUUCACGUUCGAUCGCAACCCCCGCAGCGCGGUUUGCCAUAAGACAGCGAUCUUGUGCAAAUCUGAUGGAGAGGGUUUGGGCGAGCCGAUCGGCGUGCUCAUGUACGCGAUGAUCGUCGAGGUCGAUGAAGGCGUCAAUUUACGGAUGGAGAUGUUAGAGCCGCGGUAUUGGCGAGAAGCUCUGCCAUCGUUGCUCAAAGAGUUGAGCGAAUUGGCUGAGAAGGCUGCUGAAGGGCAUCACGACCCGGAGCGCGAGAUCAAGUCGAUACGCCAGGAUCUUCAACCUGACCAUCCGGCAUACGUCUUCGAUGACGGGGCGUUGGGACACCCGCCGGAACGUCAGUACGGUUGGUACGUGAGAGUUCCUGAUGUUGCCGCUUUUAUGCAGAAAAUUUCGCCGGCGUUGGAGGCAAGGAUCGGGGCUACGUUGCACGCGGGAAUCACUGGCAAUGUCGAGAUCCGCGUCGACCGCGACCGAAUUUGCGAUCAGAUUUGA